AUGUCCGCAGACGAAGUMCCCGCCGACGCUUCCGCCGCGAAGAUGGCGGCCAGCGAUAUGGGAGAGUUGAGCCCGGACCUAUCUCUUGCAGUGGGAAAUAAUGUCACUCUGACUCUGCAGUCUGAUGCGCUCUUCGUGAAUGAUCCCGCGACAAAAAAGGACGUUCGCUACUGUGGUCUACAAGUCGUCGCUACUACCGCGUCCCAAUCAAUCCCCUACUACGACAUCCUCUCCGCACAAAUCUCCGACUCCGCUCUCAUCCUCAAAUACGCAAAGCCCGUCGUGAAAGACGACUACGCCCCCAGCACACUUACAUACGCGCUCGACAACGACCAAACAUCACUCGCCAUAGCAGAGGCAUGGAUUGAGCAACUCCUCAAAUCCGCAUACGGCCAAGCUCAGCGCAACAAGCGACUACGGGUCCUGAUCAACCCGUAUGGUGGUAAAGGAUACGCCAAGGAAUUAUACAAUGAAUAUGCAGCUCCCAUGUUCGAGGCGGCGGGGUGUAAAGUUGAUCUGGAGCUGACCAAAUACGCUGGCCAUGCGACAGAUAUUGCUGAGAAAAUGGAUAUCGACGCCUACGAUGCAGUCCUCUGCUGUUCCGGAGACGGUCUUCCCUAUGAAGUGCUCAACGGAUUCGCGAAACGAGCCAAUGCCGCCGAAGCACUCGCCAAAGUCGCCGUUGCCAUGGUGCCCUGCGGCUCCGGAAAUGCGAUGGCAUGGAACCUUUGCGGGACUAACAGCGUCAGUCUUGCGGCGUUGAGUAUCAUCAAGGGUUUGCGCACGCCCCUGGACUUAGUCUCUUUGACCCAAACGGGUACUCGGACACUAUCGUUUUUGUCGCAGUCUUACGGAAUCGUCGCAGAGUCUGAUUUGGGCACGGAUCAUUUACGAUGGAUGGGCGCCGCGCGCUUCACGUAUGGCUUCCUCACGCGGCUUCUGCGUCAGGCGACGUAUCCAUGCGACAUAUCCUUCAAGCUGGAGACGGACAGCAAACAAGCAAUGAAAGAGCGAUAUCUUGAAUACAAAAACCAGAAACCGGCCCUACGACCCAUCGGCGGCAGCCAAGAAGUCAUCGGUCAGGGUCUACCGGCACUCAAGUACGGCACCGUCGACGACGAAGUGCCGAGUGACUGGCAGACGAUUUCGACCGACACACUGAGCAACUUCUACGCCGGUAAUAUGGCCAUUAUGACUGCCGACGCGAACUUUUUCCCGGCCACCGUGCCCAACGACGGAUUGAUUGAUGUCGUCAUGAUUGACGGCGCGAUUGGUCGAUUGCGAGCAUUAUCCAUGAUGACCGCCGUCGAGAAUGGGGGGUUUUUUGACUACCCCGAAGUCGAAGUUCGCAAAGUCCACGCUUAUCGUCUUACUCCCAGGGGUAGUAAAGACGGGUAUAUCAGUGUGGAUGGUGAACGGAUCCCCUGGCAGCCGUUUCAGGUAGAGGUUCAUCCGGGUCUAGGUACGGUGUUGUCUAAGAGCGGGCAUUUGUAUGAAGCUCAGGGACCUGUAUGA